AUGCAGGACUCCAAUUCCGGGCUCUUUUCUCACUUCCGCGCCGGAAAUUUAUCAAAAUUCUUUGAGACUGGAGUUCUAACCUCCAGGUGGGAAGGAUUUGAAGAAAGCGGAACCGUUCGAAAUGUGUACAUCGGUACUGACAUUUCCAACUUGUAUCAUCUUGUUCGAGAUUAUGAGUCCCCUGACAAUAACUACAUCUCAUACCCCUUCCCGGCGAUUCGUGACGAGCUUCCGUGGAAACCACACCCCGAAUUAUCAGGCCAUCACUACUUAUCUUCUGAGGCUCUGAAUGACUUGAGCAGUCUCCCUGCACCGUCGGUUCGAGAUGCUUUGAUUGAUACCUACUUCAGUGAUAUCCAUCCUGGAUGCCCAAUAGUCGACGAGGCCGACUUUCGUCGACAAUAUGCGGACCCGGAAAACCCCCCGCCGUUACUGGUAUUCCAAGCUGUUCUCCUCGCAGCAGCUCGCAUAUGUGACCAUCCUCAAGUCGCGACUUCGCGUGGAAGCAUAACUGCCGUUCUUUUCCGAAAAGCUAGAACUCUUUUUGAGCUGAAACACGAGAAUGAUCGGGUUGACCUCAUCCAAGCUGCAAUUCUUCUCUCUUCGCAUGUCGAAAACUCGGAUAACGUCGCUAGUAAUGCCUACAAUUGGACUGGCGACGCUGUUCGUACUGCUUUCGGCAUGUCCCUACAUAGAAGAGCAUCACUCCGCUAUGUACCAUCUCAGCGCAAGGGGUAUCACAGAAAAUAUAAAAAGGUUUGGUGGAUGCUUUUGCAUAGUGAGGUCCUCCUAGCACUUGAACAUGGAAGACCGUGUAUGAUUCGCCAAGAAGACUUCGACGUUGGGCCCCUUGAGGACGAGGAUUUCAGCAACAUGGAUGACUCUCGGGAUAAGCUCGUCAAUCGUGAUUUCUGUUGUCUUUUGUCUGAAAUUUCCAUAGCUGCAUUGGAAGUUGUUCAUGCUCGUGCGCCGAGAGCCCAGAAUACUGAACUGAAUGCUACCAAAAUUGAGAAAAGUUUGGCCGCAAUUGCGCUGAAAAUGCCUCUUUGUCAUGACUUCUGGUCUUCUCAACUCCGGCUAACUUACAGCUUGGUUGCAUUGAGUUUUCAUCGGACAAGUCAACAAUUACACGCAUUCAAACUUUGUUCUGAGGAGGCAUCAAGUAUCCUUACCACCUUCGAGGCUAUGGCUAUGCAGGACACAAUUCGACAGUGUCAUCAAGGCAGCACGACAGCUUUGAUGGGAGCUGCCAUCCAGUUCUCUCGAGAAAUCAAAAUGGGCAUUGGGGAAGGCUCCAUAAUGAAGUCCAUUUCGGCACAUGGGCAACUGAAAAGACUGCUCGCCCCAGCCAAGAAGCUUGUCCCAUAUUUUACACAGGGCGAAGCAGUCUAUAGGCUUUGCAAAAAUCUGCUUAACCAUGGUGAGGCGAUAAUCAAAGACUUCCAAUCGCAGCAUAUGGCCUAUUCUACAUUUAAUAUUCCCGAGGAGCCCAAUCUCGACUGGUUCGAUAUCAUGACGAAUUACUGCAUGCCGGAUAUUGAUAUUGGACUCGGGACGAGUGACUGGUCAAGUGAAGGGCCGCGGAAUAGAAGGAUGCCUUGA